AUGACUUCAUCAAAUUUUGUAUAUACCCUUUUUUUAAUUUCCUUUGUACAUUCAAUCCCAAUACCUCCUACAAUAUUUACUGAACCCGAUCCUGAAGUUAUAUUUGAUCCACGUGUUAACAUUGAACUUCCAUGUAUAGGAAAAGGAGAUCCAACUCCAAUUUAUACGUGGACAAAAGAUGGUCGUUUUUAUGAACCAAGCGCUCAAAAUAAUCGCGUUGCUAUGGGUACUGACUCAGGUACACUUAUUUUUACUCAAGCACAAACUAUUGAUCAAGGAUGGUAUCAAUGUAAUGCAACAAAUAUGUGGGGCAGUGCAUUCUCACGUAAAGUUCGUGUACGUCUUGCUGAACUUGGUGCUUUUCCCAUUUAUGAUAAACCACAAGUAAUUCAAGUACGACGUGGUGAUUCAUUAAAAAUUCCAUGUAAACCACCAACUGGUGUACCUGAUCCUGAAACUUAUUGGACGGAUAAUACAAAUGCGGGUGAUCAAUUCGGUUUUCUUGUAUCGAACCCUCGAAUUCAACAAGAUUAUUAUGGAAAUCUUUAUUUCUUAAAUGUAAAAGAUGAAGAUGAACAAAAACAAUUUAUUUGUAAUGUUUUUUCACGGAAAUUAAAUGUUAUUCGUCGUGGUGCUCUAACACAAAUUCAAGUUAUUAAAUCCGAUCCAAAUAAUCGUCGUCCAAUGAAAUUAUGGACAUCGGAAGCUAAUAAAGUCUUUUUAAAAGGAUAUAAAUUAACGUUAAAAUGCAUUUUCGGUGGCCUACCAACGCCUGGUGUUAUAUGGCGAAAAAUAAAUGGCACAAUACCGGAAAGACGUGCGACAGUUAAUAUGGAAAAGCAAGAACUGGUUAUUAGUGAUCUUCAAUAUGAAGAUGCAGGUUUAUAUGAAUGUCGAGGACAUAAUGAAUUGGGUAAUGAUUUAUUUAGUAUUAACGUUCGUAUUGAAGCCGGUCCAUAUUGGAUAUCAAAACCAGAAAAUGUUCAUGUAACCGAAGGUGAAACAGUUGAUUUUGUUUGCAGUGCUGAAUCAAAACCACCACCGAAUAAUAUUCAAUGGUUUAUCAAUGGUGUACCAUUACUGGAGACGAGCGUUCGACGUAAUCCGCGUCGACGUGUUGUGAACAAUCACAUGAUUAUAGAAAAUGUUACGAAACUAGAUACAGCUGUUUAUCAAUGCAACGUCACAAAUAUUCAUGGAUAUGUUUUUACAAAUUUUUUCGUUAAUGUUAUUUCUGAACCGCCACUAAUUCAAAUUGGUCCCGAUCCACUGCAUCGAGCUGUUGAAGGAUCAAGCAUUAGUCUACCAUGUGAAGCGUUUGGUGCUCCAACGCCCAAAGUUUAUUGGAGUAAACGUAAUCAAGUCAUAACUGGUGGAAGGUAUACAAUAUCAGCAAGUGGAAGUUUACUAAUACGUGAAGCAUCUGCGUCUGAUAGUGGUGUAUAUAUAUGUAAUGCGACAAAUAAAUUUGGUUCAGAUAUACGCAGUGGAACGUUGAAUGUGAAACGAAAAACUCGUAUCCAAACUCGUCCAGGAAACCAAGAAGUGCGUCGUGGCUACUAUGCUAUAUUUCGUUGUACAGCUAUUGCUGAUACAUCAUUGUCGUAUGAUAUUGAUUGGUAUAAAGAUGGACGUUUACUUGCCUAUACAGGUCGCUUUAUAAAAGAUAUUGCUGAUCAGAAUACAUUGAAAAUUGUUGAUGUACAAUUUGAUGAUGGUGGCUCUUAUGUUUGUCGUGCUAGUACAGAACUUGAUUCGGAUGAGGCGAUGGCAACAUUAGUUGUUCAAGAUCGGCCAAAUAGACCCAAAAUAACAAAAGUCAAUUGUAGCGGUUCAACACAAAACUCAUUUGGACACCCUUUUUCUAUUGUUCAAUGGGAAGCAACAGGUGAUAAUAAUGCACGAAUACUCUACUAUGAAUUACAAUAUAAUACAUCAUUUCAACAAAAUGAUUGGAUAUCCGUACCAGUUGAACGACGUCGAGAAACCUACAAUGAAAUUAAAUCACAGGAUGGUUCAGUUAGAUUGGAACCGCAUGCAAUAAUCUAUAAAACAGCACGUCUUCCAUCGAAUCAAUAUGAUUUACGUGUAACAUUAUCAUGUUGGACUAAUUAUACAUUUCGUGUUGUUGCUUACAAUCGUAUUGGUGCUAGCGAUCCAAGUGCUAUAUCAGAAUCGAUGUGUUCAACGACAACAUGUCGACCAGAGUCCAAUCCAGUUGGUGUUAAAGCAUUUACAACACAAUUUAUACCGCUACUCAUCGAAUGGGAUAGUAUGCCACCAUUAAAAUGGAAUGCACCAAAAUUUUGGUAUGAAAUUGGUUGGCGUCCGUUUUUGGCUGGUGCUAAUCCACAACCAUUUAUGACUCAACGUAUCUAUCCACCACAGAAUCGUUUUGCUAUACCAAAUCCAGCCCUUAAUAUGCGUUAUCAAUACUAUGUGAAAGCAGUUAAUCAACAACCAGGAGAAGUGAACGGUGCUGACGCUAUUGAACCUCCACUUUAUUUUGUUGCAUUUGCCGGAGAUUCGGGUAAUUAUAACAAUGUUUCUUGUACUUAUCCUAUAUCUUUACCAUCGCGAUCUGUAACAUCGUCACCUAAAUCUACAACAAUUCGAACCAUGCUAUUACAACGUAAACAUCAUCCUAAUCAACGUUGUGAUCAACGAAAAAAAUCUUGUUCAACUAAAAAACUUGCUAUUUCUUGA